AUGCAUAUAAAGCAGGAGCCGCGGGCAGCGGGCACCUGUCGCGGGAUCGCCCCUCCCGCCGCUCCGCACCGCUCCUGCCGAGGUGAGUACCGGAGAGCCCGGACCGCCAUGGACGGGGGCUGGGGGGCUCUUCCAGCACCCCCGGGUGAUGGACAGCCCCGCCGUGGGCUGUGCUGCUUUUCCGACCGCAGCAGCAUCCUCUCUCCACCUGCUGGAAGGAGGUUUUGGGGGGACCUGGCGGGCUGCCCGGUGCCGGCGGUGACACUGCAAGCUGCCAUGUGGCCGGCGGCUCUCCCCGGCGUGGUGCCGGCCAGCGAGGUGCUGCUGGUGGCCGCGGUGUUCUGCCUGGUGUUCCUGCUGCUGCAGCGGCUGCAGCCGGCCGUGCCCGCGGGGCUGCGGCGGCCGCCGGGCCCGCGGGGCUAUCCCGUGCUGGGGAACGUGCUGGAGCUGCGCGGGGACACGCACCUGGCGCUGACGCGGCUGAGCCGGCGCUACGGGGACGUGAUGGAGGUGCGCAUCGGCACGCGGCCCGUGCUGGUGCUCAGCGGGCUGGACACCAUCCGGCAAGCCCUGGUCAAGCAAGGAGACGACUUCAUGGGGAGACCCGACCUGCCGAGCUUCCGUUACGUCUCCAACGGGCAGAGCCUGGCGUUCAGCCCCGACUCCGGGGAGGUGUGGAAAGCGCGCAGGAAGCUGGCCCAGAGCGCCCUGAAGAGCUUCUCCAUCGCCCCCAGCCCCACUUCGUCCUGCAGCUGCCUGCUGGAGGAGCACGUCUCCAAGGAGGCCGAGUACCUGGUCGCCAAGUUCCUGCAGCUGAUGGAGGAGGACAAGAGGUUCGACCUUAACCAGUACCUGUCGGUGUCGGUGGCCAACGUCAUCUGUGCCAUGUGCUUUGGCAAGCGCUACGAGCACGAGGACCACGAGCUGCUCAGCCUGGUGAACCUGGGCAACGAAUUUGGGGAGGUGACCGGGAACGGUCACCCUGCCGACUUCAUCCCCAUGCUGCGCUACCUGCCCAGCCGCGCCAUGGAGGUCUUCAAGGACAUCAACCGGCGCUUGAACACCUUCGUGCAGAAAAUUGUGCAGGAGCACUACAGCAGCUUUGAUAAGGAGCACAUCCGGGACAUCACGGACUCGCUGAUCGGGCACUGCCAGGAGAACACUGUCGGGGAGGACGCCCGCGUCCAUCUCUCCGACGAGAAGAUCAUCCACAUCGUCAACGACCUCUUUGGGGCAGGCUUUGACACUGUGACCACAGCCCUGUCCUGGAGCCUCAUGUACGCUGCCUUGUACCCCGACAUCCAGAAGAAGAUCCAGGAAGAGCUGGACCGGACCAUCGGGCGGGAGAGGCGGCCGCGGCUGUCGGACCGGGGCACGCUGCCCUACACGGAAGCCUUCAUCCUGGAGGUGUUCAGGCAUUCCUCCUUCCUGCCCUUCACCAUCCCACACAGCACCACAAAAGCGACAGUGCUGAAUGGCUACUACAUCCCCAAGGACACCUGUGUGUUCAUCAACCAGUGGCAAGUGAACCACGAUGAGACGCUGUGGAAGGAGCCCUCAGCCUUCAGGCCCGAGCGGUUCCUGAGCGCGGCGGGGACGGAGCUGAGCCGCACCGAGAGCGAGAAGGUGCUGGUCUUCGGGCUGGGCAGGCGCCGCUGCAUCGGGGAGACCAUCGGCCGCUGGGAGAUCUUCCUCUUCCUCACCACGCUGCUGCAGCAGCUGCACUUCAGCCUGCGGCCCGGGGAGCACGUGGACAUCACCCCCCAGUACGGGCUGACCAUGAAGUACAAGAAGUGCGAGCCUUUCCAGAUCCGGCAGCGGUUUCCCGUCGGGAGCUCUCUGUGAGCGGCUGGAGGGGCUUGGAGCUCGGCCCCUCGCUGCUCUGCUGGAGGAUGGUUCCUCUCCCGGGGGUGGCAGCUCUUCCUUCCCACGUGGAUGUUCCCCAGAGGUGUCUUGGAGGGAGCCAGCCUGUGGUGGGGGCGGGGUGCUGGAGGGUGGGGUGUGAUGUCCUCCACCCGCCACGGGCAGCUCCCUCCAUCCAAACACAAACAAACCUGCUGGUUCCUCUCAGGUGACCCUGCCCAGCCUUAUCCCACGGGGUGGAAUCCUCUUUUCCAGCUCCUUGCGCCACUGGGAAUGGAUCCUUCCUGCUGCUUCAGAAAGGUUCUGGAGCCUUCAGCAGCGCCCACCUCUAGGGGACCCAUCCUGGGCGCA